GCUGCUAGGCGCAUAGCCGAGCAUGGCGGAGUCCAGCGCGCUUGAGGAGCUGCAGUCGGAGCUCACCUGCCCGGUGUGUUUGGAGCUGUUCCGCGACCCGGUCAUCCUCGAGUGCGGGCACCACUUCUGCCAGGCGUGCAUCAUCCAGUGCUGGGAGGCCAAAGCUGACGAGCUGUCCAGUUGUCCCAAGUGCAGGAAGUCGUGCGCACGAAAACUGCGACCGAACUCGCUUCUGUGCAACGUGGUGGACAGCGUGCGCAGGGCGCGCACCGUGGACGAGGCCGCGGGCAUGCACCAGCUGCAUCUGGAAGGCGCGCAAGAGGAGUUGGACGAGCGGGAGCCCGGCUCCAGCAUGAGCAGCGUCGCCUCCUCCAUCGGCCACUGGCCGCGCACGACCUCCGACAUGUGCGAGGAGCACGAGGAGAAGCUGAAGCUGUACUGUGAGGACGAUCAGCUGCCCAUCUGCCUGGUGUGCGGCAUGUCCCGGGACCACAAGACCCACAACGUCAUCCCCAUUACCGAGGCCUUCGAGAAUUAUAAGGACAAACUUUCUGUCGCUCUGGAGAGGGUUCACUUCCAGAUAGAAGAGGCCACACUCUUUCAAAGACAAACCAACGAGAAGAUCCUCCUCAUUAAGGAGCGAGCGGGAGAUCUGGAGGAGCUGGUCACCGCAGACUUUGAGAAGCUGAGGGAGUUUCUGCUCCAGGAAGAAAAGCGCAUCAAGGAGAAACUUCAGAGGCAGAAGGAAGAGAAGCUCAGCCAGCUGGAGGAGGCACUCACUCAGACCACGGAGCAGAUCAGUCGGCUGGAAAGCACGGCCGAGGAGCUCCACGCCAAAAUGAUUGAAGAAGAGAAUCCAGAGCAACUGAAGGGCAUCAAAGACUUCAUUGGAGGAGUGGAGAGUUUGUUUCAGCGCCCUGCAGAGGUGAGCGUAGAUCUGCAGUCAGGGGAGUUCAUGGGACCUCUGCAGUAUCGGACCUGGAGGAAAAUGUCCUCUAUUCUUCAGCCAGUUUUUUCAGAGGUGACCCUCAACCCCGACACGGCCUACCCUUGCCUAUGGGUUUCUCCAUGUCGCACUAGAGUUCAGGUAGGAGAUAUCCAGCCCAACCUGCCCAACAACCCGGAGCGCUUCACUCGCUACAAUAUCAUCUUGGGCUCCGAAUCCUUCUGUUCUGGCAGACACUACUGGGAGGUGGAAGUGGGCUCCAAAACAGCAUGGGGUCUGGGCGUGGCCAGUGCCUCCGUCAACAGGAAGGACGUGAUCAGCCUUUGUCCAGAAGAUGGUUUCUGGACCCUGGUGUUGAGAGACAACGGUGAUGAUAUCAGAGAGUAUGAAGCAUGCACUGAUGAAGAUGACAGUUUGCUAUAUCCUCCCAGACCACCCAGGAGGGUGGGAGUCUAUCUGGACUAUGGGCGAGGUGAUGUGGGAUUUUAUGAUGCAGGAGACAUGAGCCACCUCUUCACCUUCUAUGAUGCAAAGUUCACAGAGCCCGUUUUCCCGUACUUCAAUCCCUGGCCAAUUAUAAAUGGACGUAACCACGAGCCCCUUGCCAUAGUAACGCCACACUGGGGGUAGACUUUUUU